GUGUCGCGCCACGUCUGAAAUGCAUCCCACGCAGAUUGAGAAGCAGCUGCUGGAUCACCAGAGCGAUGCUGAUGGAGAACAAUGCCACGCAGGAGCAACCUCGACUUCCAGUCCUGUGAGCUGCAGCGCCGACACUAAUUAUGACUGAGGGUUAUGACUUGGGCUGUAGUAACUCAAAUGGAAGCAGCAACAUUGAACUCCAACGCACAAGAGCUGUGUGGAAAACUGCAAAAGACCAAAAGGAAUAUCGCGCAUACUCAGAGGAAUUAUUGUUGGGUGGAAUUUAGCACCAGAUUCAUUUCAGCGAGGGCACUUUAGGGACUGUGGGAAACCACAACGCUGGGAGAUUAUGUGAGCCCCCAAGCGUUCCUCCUCAUGCUCGCUGGAGCCGAUUUGUGGAGGAAAAUGAGAACAAACGGAUCCGUUUAGGAGCAAAGGAACUGCUCAGUCUCUGCUUGUGUCUCAUGGCUUCCCUCGGCGUCCCUAGUCCCUCCUCUUCAAACUCGGAUGACGAGUCCCCCGAUAGCAAUCCGGAGCCGGAUUCCUCCCGCUACACCUCCCACACCGGCAAGCAGAGCGGGCUCAGCAGCCUGGGCUACGGGGUCCUGGUGGCCUGGAGCAACCUCAGGCCCUUCAUCCCCUUCAUCCUCAUCAGCUUUAUGGUCGUGGCCCUCAUCUACCUGAUGCAGUUCAUCAUCUUCGGGGGGCCCUACAAGGACCCGCACUUCUUUGUGAAGUUCAAUGAGCGCUGGCCCGCUCCGGGUCAAGAGGACUCUCGAAGGCCUUCAAAGUUCUUCAGUCCGGUCCCCCCCUCGUCAUUUGAGCAAGUCUUCUUUGAACUGCACAGAGACAACGAGACAAUAAGAACUGAUUGAUCACAAAAACGGGAGGAAAUGUUUUUUUUUCUUCUUUGGAUUUGAGCAACACGGAUUUAUGAGGAAUUAUACCAGGUUUCAGUGCUAUUUAAAAGCACACCGACUUAUAGGCUACUUUGACUUUCUUUAAGUAAUUUAUUAUUGGUUGUAUGUGUGUUGCUGUAUAUCUUUCCUGUUUAACCCAUAACUUGUUAUGUUACUGGUUGAAAAAUACCAAUUAAGACUGGGUAAACAUUGUCCAGCAAAGUGCACCUGCACAGGUGCUUCUGAGACCUUGAACCAAUCGGUGUCCAGUGUUUCUCUCCUUGUGAACAUGUAAGCCAUGAUCAUAUAACAACCUCUUCAAUUUGACCGUCCUCCUAUUUGUUUAUGUAGUCUGUCUCUGUAGUACCUUUUUAGAAUGUUUUAAAUAGAAAGUAACGCUAAUGUGAGGUUUAGCAGUCUGUGGUUGACAAAUGAAAGGAAUCUUGUAAAGUUGAUCUUUAAAAUUCCUUCUAUGGUGAAGCAACCAGAGGGAAAGUGGUCGAUCCUGACUUCAACUUUGUCAGACUGCUGAAAGCUCAUAUAUAGAAGCUUCAGCUGGACUUUGGAGGUCAUGUUGCAUAUAGAGCAAGGACUGGAUUUAGUCUCCUGCUGUAUAAACUACAGUACUAUGGUACUUUAAAGACACAAUUUGAUUGGAACCAUUUGCCAUCGUCACAUGUAGACUGGCACAACAUAUUCUAAAACACGUUAACAUUGUAUUUGUCACUAAUGCUCAAACGGAGGCAGGGUUGACGGGCAGCUGGGUGGUUGUGUGCAAGACAACAUAUAUAGGUGGGUAAAAAUAACACUGGGUUAAUUUGUACAUAUUUCAAAGGGUGUCCAAAGUCAGUCAUUAAAAUAGUUUACCCCAAAUAUAGGAUCUCAACCAGUUGGGUGAAAACAAUUGGCACAUAAUGUUUUGUUGUGUCUUCAGCCACAUUAAAGUGCCAUUUAUAUUGCUUUGCCAUACUGCACCAUAGAAGCUAAACAAGUUAUUUACAUUGUUUUUCUUCCUGAAAUGUUUGAUACUUUAACUGAAAAGCUACAGUGACCACAAGUGUGUGUUAGUGUUAACUAUUAAAUGUAGUGCAGCAUAAGAUAAGUCAAUAAACCAGCUAAGUUACUUACACUAAUAUAUAUAUCUAUAUAUCUUGAGCCACCAUAUGUCACAACAAAGUCUAGCUAAUACGGAGUGUACAGAGCCAGGGUGUUUAUUGCUUUUAAACUUUCCAUAUUUAUUUCAAGACUGUUAUGUCUUCCAUCGACAGUUGAAUGUUGCUCUUUAAGUCCAUCGGUCUGGACUUAUUAUUAUAUUUUAUCAAAGUUAAAGUAUACUACAGCAUUUUAAUUACUUUGGUAAAAAUAACAUAGAACUCAAAUAAAUGCCCCGUCGGAUAUUAAAUCACAUUUGGGGGGACUUGAUGACAGAAAGAGUAACUUAUAUUCUUAAAUACUGAUGAAUGAAAAAAAUUUGUCUCCAGCAAAAAGGGCACUUUUCUCAUCCAGGGCAAAGGGGCUGGUGCUUGAGCACCACUAGGGCUCUAUCUGUGCACGUGCCUGAUAAUAUAUGAUAACGUUUUGGUUUAUACUCUGUAUUCAUCAUUUACAUUUGUAAAGUAACUUGUGACUAAAGCUUUAAAGUGAGUGCAAUAUUUUCCACGACAUUGUAGUGCAGGGAAAGUGUAAAGUAACACAAAGUGGGUAUGAUUAAGAACUAUACAAGUUCCUCAAAGAACAGUACUUGGGUGAAUUAUACUUUCCAUCUCUGGUCACUGAAAAGGGACAGAGGCUAAUAUGUUCAGGUGAAAGGGAAAGUAGUAGAAGAUAGCUCUCUCGUGUUUAAUGUCUUUACUCUUUGACUGUGCUGUUGUACCUGACCGUUGGCUGUGCAGUGGGAGCCACGCCCCCUGGUGGACGAGUGAUGCAGUGACAGCCCCGCCCCUGGUGGCGGAGUGAUGCAGUGACAGCCCCGCUCCCUGGUGGCGGAGUGAUACGCGGCAGUGCGCCGUUUCUGCUUGAUGAGCACGUUGACCUGCGGAUGACCUCCCCAAAUAACUUCACGGGGAGAUGUGGUCCUACCAGAAACCGGGGUUUGAAGCCCUCCUUCUCGCAGAGCUGCAGAGACAGCAGCAGUGCAGCCAGUUCUGCGACACUCUCCUCAAGACGGAGGGUGUAUCGGUGCCAGCACACGGUUGUAUUCUCUCAGCUAUCAGCCCCCAAAUGUCCUCCGCUCUGUCCUCCACGCCGCCGCCCCCUGCAGGACAGAGCCGCCUCUUGGAGUUUCGGGCUCUCGGCGCCUGCAGCCUGCUCCACAUGGUCAGACUGCUGUACUGCGGAGAGAUGGUCGGGGAGGGGGAGAAGGAGAAGCAAGAGGCCAUUUCUGCUGCAGCCAAGCUGGGCAUCCACGGGCUGGUGGAAGUCACAAAAAGAGAUUGUAAGUGCCGAAAUAAGGAAGAGUGGCGCACGGAGGUAGGAGUGCAGACGGAGCCACUGAGGCCUCAGGAGAAGGAAGAGAGGCUGGGCAGGUGGAGGAGCAAAGAAAUGACAGAUGGGAGCACCGUCCUGUGGAAAGAGACGCUGUUGGAUGGUAAAGACACAUGGCCUCAGACAGAACAGCUGCAAGUAAAUUCAGGUCCUCCUCCUCAGCCAGCAGCCUCCUUUGAGACCAUCGAUAUGACAGCUCUCCACGGUUUAGAACAGACUGACUCCCAUCCUCUUCCCCCUCAAAUUCCCUCCAUCCCCAUAUCCCUCGUCUACCCACCGGAUGAAAACACAAUACGCCAAGCUUCAUCUGCUCUCGCUGACUCCAUGCAUGAAUCUGCAGCAGCCGGACACACUGUUGUGGCACCGUCUCACACCUUUGUCCCCCCACCCCUGCUUCCCUUCUCCAGCCAUGUGACCCCAGGUCCUGCUGACCUUGAGAACUGGUGGGAUGUCACAGCAGUUGAAGAAUUGGGAGACGAGCAGUUAGAGCAGUUUCAAGGCAACAUCCCAGAAUACAUCAGCUACUUCCUGAACCUGGAUAAGGAGAAGGGUGUUGGUAGAGGCAGAGCUAGGAGGAGGCAGGGUGCAGGAGUAGGAGGUGCCAGGAGGGGUGGGACGGCUGAAAGAAGAGCCAGGACACCACAAGAAAGAAGAGGGGGUAGAGGCAGACGAGGGUUAACGCAGACGGUGGAUCUUCAGGAUGUGGGGGUGAGCAAGCUGCAGACGUUUUUCCUGCAGCGGUGGGGGCCGUCCAGAACGGGCCAGGGGGGAGGAUCUGUGGGCAGGAAGCUGUACCUGAAGACCAGAGAGCUCCUGAAAUCGACCAAGAGCGGUCAGAGGAGAAGAAGGCGUGGCAAAGUGUGGGAGUUCAGCCAGAGUGGAGAUGUGCUGCCCGACUGUAAGGGAGGAGGAGGAGGAGGAGGAAGAGGAAGAGGUAACACGCAGCACAAGAGGAAUGCAGAGCAGCAGUUUAACCUGGAGGGUCUUCCUGUGGGCGGGGCUCCGAGGGCGAGGGGCAGGCCUCCGAGGGGCGGGGCUCAGAGGGCGAGGGGCAGGCCUCCGAGGGGCGGGGCUCAGAGGGCGAGGGGCAAACCAACAGCACCCGAUUCCUCUUCUUCCCCUCACAUCGUCCAGACCGUAUCUGCCCUCAGCCCCUCCCUCUCUCCGCCGCCCAGCCUGCUGUCACCCGCGGCCUCCUAUGUGCCUCCAGAAUCGUCCCUCCUCCUCAGCACCUCCCUCCCUCCUCCGCCUCACGAGCAACAGCCCGAACACUUUGAUCGUCUACUGGAGGAAGUGAUGAUGGGCCUCAACAUUUUACCCAACAACAACAACAACAACAACAGGGCUUCACAUUCUCAGCCUCCUCCUCCAACAGGUAGCAGCAGUUAUGCCUCUUGCGAUGAAACUUUAGUCCAAACCGAACCAUGCGACCGUACCGCUGUCCUCCUGGAAGCCAGUCCAGGUUCUCAUGGGUCCACACAGGCCGGUGCCAAAGCAAGAGGAGACGUGGGCUCCGACAGCGAGCGGCCCGUUCUGCAGCAGCAAUGCGAGGGAGAGCUGGAUGAGAUGCUGGACCACUUCCUCCAGUCCUUUGAGUGGCAUGUUGACAGCUGUACUGCGAGGAAAGAGGCGGAGCUUGGUGGUCAGAGUGGCACAGAGGCGAGCCAGCCUGGCCUCGUUAAAUCCAGAAGAAACGAGACCAACAGACGCUCUCGAAUAACUGAACUGCACCAGAGUGAUGAAGCUGAAAAGCCCCGCAAGACUUCUGCUCCCGAAAAUACCAAGGAAGCGCCAAUGAAAGUCAAAGCGCCAGCCAAACAACGAAAGAGGAGGAGGAGAAAAAACGAGUCUCUGUUCUCACUGGAGAAAGAGAGGGCGAGGAAGCCAGUGUCACCAAGUGACAAGAAGACCAAAGACGCUCGUGAAGUCCAGGGAGACGAGCAGCUGCAGCAGAGGCCGGUGGUGGAACUGGAGCGGUGUGGCCGCUGGCCAGUUGAAGUUACACCGCAGGAACGCAGCUGUCUGGAAGACAAGAGCCGCGCAAAAGCACCGACGAGUUCAUCAUCCGUAAAAUACGAACGAGACUCCUUGGUCACAAAGACGCACCCAGUGAGGAGCAGGGUGACCGGCGCGCGCUUCACGGACGGUUCCCCCUCUCUCCAGGAGCCACUUCUGACCGGACGGCCGCCCGCAGAAGGCCGACCACAUCGCAGUGGAAACGAGCCCAAUGACGACGUCCUCAGUCCAUCUCGGGCUGAGACGUCAGCGCCGCCAAUUCAGCCGCCGCCUGUGGAGCUCUGUGGCACGGUGGGACAACGGGGGAAAAGGCAAAAGAGACAUGAAGAAGAAAAUACUGUCAAGCCACAGGAAGAAGGGGAGAGAGCUCCGAAAGAGGGAGGGGAGAGGAGAGCGGAGUCAGAGGAGGUGCCGAGUGACGUAUCCUCUGCGGCCAAGAGGGUCUGCUUUGAAACACGCGUCCCGAGCUCUCGAUCUGCAGACGCCGUCUCCGAACCAGCAACCGGAGAGAUGAAGGCGGUUUCGCUCGCCAGUGAAAGAGACCGCUUACAAAUAGAAGACGGAGAGAAGAAAACAAUGUGGAUUGAACUGAAACUCCGACCAACUGAGGAAUGUUUGCUGGCUGAGGAGACGGAGGUAGUCGGCGUGGACGGAGACCCCGAAGACGACCGCUGCCCGAGCAGAACCGAGCCGACUCGGUCACAGCCGGCCGACGGGACUCCUCCGGGUUCAGAAGAAGAGGUUUGUGUGCGGUCGACAGGAAGCUGGGAAGAGGACGAGGACAUCGAUGUGAUCGGCGGUUUCGGCCCCGCCCCCGAGCCGGUGAUCAUCAGCUGGACCGAGUCUUCGGAGGAGGAGGGAGACGAGGACAUUGACGUCGUCGGAGAAAAGACGGACUACGCUACUGGCAGACGAUACAAGACGGAGGGGCUCUGACGGUCGCUUCUGUGACAUCCAGUUUGGUUUCUACUCUUCAGUUUGUUGUCUUUUUAUUUCCCAGGAAACGUUUGUUCCAUCGAUUUAAUGGAGUUCAAGACAUGAAUGUCUUCUGUUCUGAGUGUGAAUGUGCAGACACUGACAAUCCUAUCCUACUCCACCGAAGUUUAGGAAAAGAAGAGCAACAUGUUAACAGUUUGUUAGAUUGAAGGACAUGAAAGAUAAGGCGUGCAUCAUAAUGCAUGAAGACAGUUCAACGAGCUAACAUAACUGUCGUUUUUAAGAAGCUAUUGAGUAGACUGACAAUUAUUGGCAAACUCAGCUGAUGGGGGUCGUUAAUUUUGUUGGUAAUGUUUUGAUGUAAAUAAGUUGUUCCUGUUUAAUGAAUUCAUUUCAGAUGUUUUAAGCAGCUAGUUUAGCAAAGUCUGUCUUAACUGUCGAAUGUUGAAAACCAAACCAAAAUAAAAUCAGGUUCAUGUAA